AUGGCGCCCACAGUCAGACAAUAUCACCUCUACCCAACAGACCAUAUUCCCAACUCGCCUCGACCCCUGCUUCACUAUAAGAAUGUUCUAGCCACUAAGCUUGGCAAAGCAUAUUGUGACCCUGUUGAGGUCUGGGAUAUGUUCACCAAGAACGAAUGGAACGUGGCUUGGAUAUUCCGGUAUAGUGAUACGCAGCUAUCCCAUUUUCACUCUGAAGCUCAUGAGUCUAUGGCUGUUCUGUCUGGAACUGCUUUGAUUCGGUUCGGUGUUGCCGAUCUAUCAGAUAACCUACAUCAAAACACAUAUGGUUCGGCCUGGGAAAGUGGUGGUAUUACACUAGAAGCAGAGGCUGGCGAUAUCUUUAUUAUACCUGCCGGUAUUGCGCAUAAGACAUAUAGUACCAAGCCUAAAGCCUCUUUCAAGCUUCUAUCUCCUGGAAGUGCUCAUGGCAUUGAGGCCGACGACCCCAGGAAAAGUCUUUCUGAACUCGAUAUUGAUGGCUAUACUAUGAUGGGCGCAUAUAAUGGGGGCGAUUGGGAUUUUGUCCAGAAAGGGGGCGUUUUUGAAGAGUCAUGGGUUGUCCCUAAGCCGACGCUUGACCCUGUCUUUGGUGACGGGGAACAAGGGUUAGUCAAAGCAUGGGCAGGCAAUGGACAGACUGCGCUUGGCCGCAAGGUCUCUUUCAAGGAUGGCAUCGCCACACACGCUCCGUUGGCUCCAAUCUCUAAACUCUAA